AUGUCCCGUAUGGAGCAUCUGCACCCCCACCGCCUCCCCCCGCUGACGCUGCCGCCGCGGCAGCUGAAGAAGGCAUAUACGUCAUGCAAGAAGUGGCUGGCACGCUUUGUCAGCACCGCCGCACUCGCAGCAGGGAGCGAGGUGGUCGAUGGAGACUCUUUCAGUGUUCUCGCGGCAAGCCUCCUCCCGCCUCAUGAGCAUGCCACAGGUUUUGUGGCGUUAAACGGCGGCACCCUCGCGGGCUGCACUCCGUAUGAUCUUCGCCAGACUCUGAGGGCGCACGGACUACUGAGCUUCGCUGCGGCCGCUGCUCCUCCACGAUGCUCCUGCUCCUCUGAUAUGCCGUCGUCUGGCACACCAGCGCCGUCGAGUUGCGUGAUGACGUACGGCCCAACGCUCGCUUUUGUGGUCUGCCGCGUUCCUCUACAGGUGCCCAGCAAUGCGGUGGCGUGCACUGAUAAGGGGGCAGGCAUCUCCUCCUUCAGUAUCUCUGUGAUGCAUGUUUCUAUGGCAGAGCUGGCCCACUUUGCCACCUCUUCCAGAGGAGUGUCUGCUUCCCCGAGUGAGGCGGGCCUCCAGGAUGAGGAGGCCCCCCCAAUGGGGGCCCUGGCAGGUAUUUCGCCCGGUUUCUCCCCCGCUGUUGACGGGGCGGCAACCAACAGUACAUCUGUGAAGGUGGUGGUGCUGCAAGUGCCGCCGACUGCCUCGCUGUGGAAGGCCGGCUCGGCUUCCACGUCCUCUUCCUCUGCGAAGAAGGGCUGCAGCUUUCUCUACUUGGUGUCGUGUGACGUUGCUGCUGUGUGUUCGCGCGUUGCCCAUUUGUUUCAGCGCCCGGUCGUUGGAAUCGAGUCCUUGCUUUUACCGGCGCCCCCUCUAAUGUGCUCCGCCGCCAAGGAGGAGCAAGGAGCACUAGGCUGCUCCAUCAGUACACGGCCGGGCCAGUCUCUCUCAAACGGGGAACCGCUGCUAGGACGAAGAUGCACGUCGCGCGCUGUGCCAGAUGUACCCGGGCUUUUCCUAGUGGAGGAGUUUGUAACGGCCGAGGAGGAGAAGAUCAUAUGGCAAGAGCUUAACCACGGACGGCAGCAGCUGCAACUGGAAUAUCUCGCGCGCCGCCGUGUCGCGCACUUCAACCGCCGCUUCCUGUACGGCGUGAAUGCUCUGACGGCCGAGGGGGUGUUGGUGAACGCGCGCCCGUCGUUCUACACGUGGAUGCGCGCACGAUUGCAGAAUGAUGCGGUUGCUGGCGGCGUGCGGAUCGACGGGGAUUAUCCCUUCCGCCCUGGCGACUACGAGUGCGACCAGCUGACGGUGAACUACUACGACUACAGUGAGCUGGGCGUGUGCGGCAUUGCUGCCCAUGUCGAUGCGCACAGCGCGUUUGACGACACAGUUCUGAUUGUAUCGCUGGGCUCAUACACGGUAAUGGAGUUUGCGCGGUGGGAUGCGCCGGCAGGGGUGACGGCGCCUGUCGGUGUCUACCUUGCUCCCCGCUCCCUCGCCGUCAUGACUGGGGAGGCCCGCUACGGCUGGACACACUGCAUCGCGGAAAGGAGAACUGACACGCUGUCCGAGCUACUACCGACCUUUAACCGAGGGGAUAGGCUGAGCCUCACGUGGCGGCGCGGGCGGACGGUGCGACACACCCAAACCGAAUGCCCGUAUCCUGCUUUAUGCGAUGGCGAGUGA